GCUGUCUGCCGCGGUGACGUCACGUCGCAUAAUGUUCUCCGCUGCUUGCAGCCAGGGAGACGGACGUGGGGAAGAUGGCGGCCUCCAAGGUGAAGCAGGACAUGCCUCCGCCGGGGGGUUAUGGACCGGUGGAUUACAAAAGAAACCUUCCCCGCCGUGGUCUGAGCGGUGAGAGAUGAGAGGGAGGAGGAGCUUUAUAGCCAGGUCCUAAUAGCAUGUGACAUGCGGGUUACUGUGAGAGGGCUGCACAGUGUCUGCUGCUGAUCAUUGGAAUAAGGGAAAUCUCUGAGCCGGCUACAUGGGAGGCAGGGGCUCAGCCUGUGAUGAGUGGUGGGAUAGAGUGUCAGUACAUUAAUGGAGGAGCCUCUUUCUGCUUCCUCCAUUGACAGCCUCAUUGUAAAUCUAAUCUCUGGAUAUUAGGCACCCAGACCACUGCAGCUCAAUGAAGUGGUCUGGGUGCCAGGUCCAUCUAGGAUUAACCCUUUUUGCUGUAAACAUAGCAGUUUCAGAGAAUCUGCUAUGUUUACACUGAGGGUUAAUCCAGCCUCUAGUGGCUGUCUCAUUGACAGCCGCUAGAGGUGCUUCUGCGCUUCUCACUGUGAUUUUCACAGUGAGAAGAUGCCAGCGUCCAUUGGAAAGCAUUGAGAAUGCUUUCCUAUGGACUGGCUGAAUGUGCGCGCGGCUCUUGCCGCGGAUGCGCGUUCAGCCGAUGAAGACCGAAGGAGGAGGAGAGUCCCCAGCGCCGAGGGAGAAAGGUGAGUGUUUAACCCCCUUCAGCCUGAGGUUGGGGGCACCCUCAGGGCACUAUAGUGCCAGGAAAACAAGUUUGUUUUCCUGGCACUAUAGUGGUCCUUUAAUAGUAGACCCUUUACACAGUCUCGAAUUUGGGCUUAGAGAUGUGGUGUCUUUUUUUGUACAAUAGAAUUAUGCUUUGUUAUUUAGUGACCAACUGAAUAGAUGAACAAUACAGAUUCACCCAAGUAUUAGCAGUGCCUUCUCCUCCAGACUUAAAACGGCACUGUCACAAACACACGCUCCCUUGGAAAAUAAAUAUUUUAGAAAGAUGACGUAAUCUUUAUGAAAUACUUGUAGUUACUGUGUUGGGAUUUCACUGAAAUAACAACCCAGUCAAAAUAAAUGAGACAAAGUGAGGACUAGUUUGUCUCAGUAUUUUUGCUACGCCUGACAUUACUUGACACUGGGCGGAGCUACCGGUGACCAGAAGUGUCAAAUUUCCAGCCGUCAGCAGUCUUCUGGUAGCUUCCAUAGACGUGUCUGCUGUAAUCCGCACAUGAGCGAAAUGUUUAGAGGAGGACCUGCCGGUAGAGGAUAUCUGCGAGGGACAGGUUUAGGUAAGUAAAACUGACCUUUUUGUGCUUCACCCAGCCACUGGACCACCAGCUGCGAUGUCACCAUGAGGGAUCUUGUCCCCAGGCUGGCACUGUGCCGCUUUAAGAGCUUACAGUCUUAACUGGUCUCUCUCUCUAUUUCUAGGGUAUUCUAUGUUUGCUUUGGGUAUUGGUGUCAUGCUAUUUGGCUACUGGCGCCUCUUCCGCUGGAAUAGAGAAAGAAGGUAUAUGUAUUAAAUACUUAUAACCUCUUACAAUACAUGUUUUGUACAGUUUAAUGAAAAAAAUAAAAUACUUAGCUAGAAGUGAGUUUAUACUUUUCCCAGCUUUUAUUUCUGUUUCAGCAUUUUCCAUUUCAUAGCUCUUUUCUCUAUCACGGAAUGGUUUUCUUAUUAUGUCUUUCUUGCUUCUUUUCUUCAUCUUAUUUUCUACUUUGUGUUGUGGUUGAUCAUCUCCGAAAAUGCAUUCGCAUGUAUACAUAUAUUUCUCUGCCUACACCUCCCUACAUUAUGAUCCAGCAACAUAAAAUAUGAUUUACAUCCUUGUGCUUUAUUUACUGGUUUAUCUAAAAACUACAUACAGAUAAUAUACUGAAGAGGAAAUAACCUUGCAGAGUUUCAAUUUAAAUGUGUGUAUCAGAACACUGAAAGUGAAAGUGUUGUAUUUAUUUUCUAGGAGGCUGCAGAUUGAAGAUUUAGAGGCUCGUAUUGCUAUUCUUCCUCUCCUCCAGGCAGAAACAGACAGACGGCAAGUAUUUUAAUUAUUUACUAUUGAUAAAGUGAGUUCGUAAAUAGUUACCAAAACAACUUAAUAAAACACUUUUUUUUCGUAUAGAUCAUGCCCCUGUUGUCUCACUGCUCAAUUCUCUGCCAUUUAGGAGUUAAUUUUUUUUUGAUUUUUUUCUGUACAUGCAGCAGUAGCCAAACCUCCCCUGGCUGUGACUCACAGCCUGCAAGAAAUGAAAUGGUUUAAUUUCAAUCAAAUGUUAAAUUAAGUUUGUAUCUCCUUUUUUGUAAAUUCAACUAUAAUCACAAACAGGAGGCUCCUGCAAGGUCUUGAAAGCUAUUAACAGUGCAGGCGAUAAUACAUUUUUAAUCAAACAGAAUGGUCAAUAAACGAAGUUUAAACAUUAGAUGUCUCUUUAAGUGAAGUGUUGAGGAAGGCUGUGCAUGUUACUGGCUGGGAGGUAUGACCACCGCUGCAUAAGCAAAUUGAUUUAACUCCUAAAUGGCAGAGAAUUGAGCAGUGAGAUUGCCGGGGCAUGAUCUAUACACCAAAACUGCUUCAUUAAGCUAAAGUUGUUUUGGUGACUGUAGUGUCACCCUUAACUAUACAUUACAUUUCAAACCUCUAAAUAGAUUGGACUUUUUGAAAUUGUUAAACAUAUUUGCAUGGCAUGGCCAUUGCGCUUUCAUUUGUUUAACUCCUUAAAGGACCACUCUAGGCACCCAGACCACCUCAGCUUAAUGAAGUGGUCUGGGUGCCAGGUCCUUCUAGGGUUAACCCAUUUUUUCAUAAUUAUAGCAGUUUCAGAGAAACUGCUAUAAUUAUGAAUGGGUUAAGCCUUCCCCCUAAUCCUCUAGUGGCUGUCUCAUUGACGGCCACUAGAGGCGCUUGCGUGCUUCUCACUGUGAAAAUCACAGUGAGAGCACGCAAGCGUCCAUAGGAAAGCAUUGUAAAUGCUUUCCUAUGAGACCGGCUGAAUGCGCGCGCAGCUCUUGCCGCGCGUGCGCAUUCAGCCGGCGGGGCGUAACGGAGGCGGAGAGGAGGAGGAGAGCUCUCCGCCCAGCGCUGGAAAAAAGGUAAGUUUUUACCCCUUUCCCCCUUCCAGAGCCGGGCGGGAGGGGGACCCUGAGGGUGGGAGCACCCUCAGGGCACUAUAGUGCCAGGAAAACGAGUAUGUUUUCCUGGCACUAUAGUGGUCCUUUAAGGACACAUGACGUGUGAAAAUGUCAUGAUUCCCUUUUAUUCCAGAAGUUUGGUACUUAAGGGGUUAAACUGAGUAUUAUCUCUCUUACCCAUAUUUCCUUUGCUUCUGUCAGGUGGGGCAGACACCAAGGGCAGUUGGGUCACCAGUUUUCAGGAAAGGCCAAGCCAGGUGGCCAUGCAGCAGGAGGCAAACUUUAUUAAUGUAAUGCAUGCAGAGUUUACCAAUUUCAAGAAGUCCAAUCCCUUUCCAUCAAGAAAAAUAACUCUUCUGGGAAUGAUUCUGGAUUACACAUCAGAUUAUACAGAAACAAUGAGUCAAUGAGUGCUAUUGAUACUUCAAAUAACCCAGUGUCCACUUUAAACUCCCUACACAAUACCAAACAAACAAAACCAGGCGAAAAGCGCACACAGUUGUUACAAUAUCAUAAAAAAAUAUAGUAGAUCUCUAAAUAUGGUAAUAUCCUAAAAUGACGAUAAGAGGAAAAGAAAACUCUCGUAGUGUAACACUUCAGUAAAAUAAUAGUUGAGCAACUGGGUAACUUACAGUGUAUUGAAAUGUUCUGCUGCGCUGGUUCAUGCUUCUUCUCUGUCGUUGACGUGGGGAACUUAAUGCCCUCUGCCACCUCAAACCUUUCCUUAUUGUUUCCUCUUCUCGUUCUCAUUCAGAAUCCUUUUUUUGUUUUUUUUUCUCUUCAUUUUCUGAUCUAUUUCUCUUGACAAUAAUGAGAAAGGGUGGAGCUUAAGGCAAGCUCCAAUAUCUUAACAAAAGGAAGUGGAGCUUGCUUAAUGCCUUAAAGGGACAAUAUAAUCACAAAAACAACUAUCUUAGCAAAGCAGUUUUGGUAUAUAGAUCAAGCCACUGCAGUCUAACUACUCAACUCUCUGCUUUUCUGUUAAAUCUCUUUUAUACCGCCCUAGUCACCCUGCAUGUGUCUUAUGCAGCCUCCCUAAACACUUCCACACUUCCUGUAAAGGUAGAUCUAGUGUUUAAACUUCCUUUAAUUCUGUUUAAUUUAGCAUUUAUCUCCUUCAGUGCUAGUAGCCUGCUAGACCUUGCAGGUACCCUUUUGUGUGUAAUUUACAAAGCAGGAGAUCAAAACUUUUAAAGUAAGUUAACAUCUGAUGAUACCAUUUUUUGUAUUCAUGCAGGCUGUGUGAGUCACAGCUAGAGGAGGUGUGGCUAGGGCAGUCACUAAAGUUAUUUGAUUUAACUCCUAAAUAGACAAGAAUUGAGCAAUGAGACUGCUGGAGCAGGAUCUAUACAUGUAAACUGCUUCAUUAAGAUAGUGUUACUUUAAGCUCAACCUUUUAUCACAAUUGCCAAGUCUUUAUCAAGUAGGGGAAAAAAACACAAGACAAAGUCUGUUUUAAAGAGAAAUAGAUCAGAAAAGAAAGACCGGUUCCGAAAGAGGAAGAGAAGUGGAAACAAUUGGAGAAAGACAAGUUCGAGGUGAUGGUGCCACUUUAGUAUAUUAUUUGUGAAAAUCCUGUGUUUAGUGAACAUCCUUGUUAAUUCACAAUAUGUCUAUAGUUUUCAAAAAGAGUUUAUCAAGCAGAAGAGAGUAAUAGAAAGGAUAGCGAGUAACCAUAAAAAGUGUACACAAUUAUGUGCUCCUAUAUCUUAGUGUGUAUAUGUAUAAAUAAAAAAAAGUGUUCUUUUCUUCUACAGUAUCUUACGACAGUUGAGGCAGAAUUUGGAAGAAGAGGCCAUUAUAAUGAAAGAUGUACCAGGAUGGAAGGUAAGGGGUGAUGGUUCCAUCAACUUUGACUUCCUACAACUAUAACCAUGGUUGUCUAUGAAAUUAAACGCAUUAAAUGAUGUGGACACAAUGUUGCAACCUCAUAAAAUUAUAUGCUGACAUGGCUCGUGAAUUUUUUAGCAAUGACUGAUGCAUUGGCAUCACCAUGAAAAGGAUUAUGGGAAUUGUGUUCAUAUCCAUUAUCUGCAGGGCACUACAAAUCGGUGGUGGAGUGGUGAUCUAGUUCCAGUUAUUGUUGUUAACUAAUUAUUGUUGUAAAGUGUUUAAAAAUCAAUUGUAUUUUAAAACUAUAUAUUUAAAUUUGAAUGUUGAAAAACAUUGUACAUAUAUUAAAAGAUCACUAUAGGGUCAGGAACACAAACAUGUGUUCCUGACACUAUAGUGUUAAAACCACCAUCUAGCCACCCUGGUCCCCUCAUGCCUCCUUAAAAUAGUAAAAUCUUACUUGUAUUCAAGCCUGAAGCUACUGGCUUUGUCAUGGUUUCCUUUAGACCUGCUCACUGCCUGCUGACAUCAGCAGAAGUGGUGGCCUGAUCCAAUCACAAUGCUUCCCCAUAGGAUUGGCUGAGACUGACAAAGAGGUAGUUUAGGGGCAGAGCCAGCAUGAUUCAAACACAGAUAAAUUGAAUCCGUGAAUCUCUAAGGAAAGUUCAGUGUCUGAAUGCAGAGGAAGGAGAUACUGAAUAUUUGGAUGCAUUUUAGGCAGCCAUGUCCCAGGAAGGAUCUCUAACAGCCAUCUAAGGAGUGGCCAGUGAAGUUAUCACUAGGCUGUAAGGUAAACACUGCAUUUUCUCUGAAAAGACAGUGUUUACCGCAAAAAGCAUGAAGGUAAUGAUUCUACUCACCAGAACAAAUUCAAUACGUUGUAGUUGUUCUGGUGACUAUAGUGUCCCUUUAAGUGAGUGUUGAUGCCUUGGAGUUCUUGUUUGUUUUACUUUUGUUCUCCGGCUAUGUAGACUUUUUUUUUUUGGAUUGGUUAGAUCACGAUAAGCUAAAGGAAAUGUUCAAUGCUUAACCCCUUAAGGACACAUGACCUGUCUGACAUGUCAUGAUUCCCUUUUAUUCCAGAAGUUUGGUCCUUAAGGUGUUAAAUACCCUAAAGGGACACUCCACUGCCCAAAUUAAAAUCACUUUCUUAUAGAUAUACACCCAAUGAUAACAGGCCUGCAUUUAAUUAUGCUUUAUUUCUGUUCCCUUUCCGUUCCUUUACUUUGAAGUGUUAUGAUUUUUGUCUUGUAGGUUGGAGAGUCCCCUUUCCACACAGACCGCUGGGUUACCCCAACUCUCAAUGAGCUGUACAGUCUUCAACCAAAGGAAGAACUGAUAAAGAAGAAGUAUGGUUUUCAGUGGUAUGUCUAAACAAUGGCAUCCACUCUAACACUUUCUCUAAACGUGUGUUAUCGGACAUUGAACUCUUACUCUAAGGGGUAUAAUGCUUGUCUUUGAAAUAAAUAAUCACAAUUUUAUAUCAUUAAUGGAAUGGCUUUCGGUUUAUUAAAGACAUUUGUGCAAUUAGGGAGAAUUCAAUACCUG